AUGCAAUUUGGUUUUAGCAAUGCCAUGGCCGUGUUUAUGCGCUUCAUGAACAACAUAUUCUGUGAUUUACUUGACAUCUCUGUGGUUGUGUACUUGGAUGACAUCCCAAUUUUAUCAAACUCAAGAGAAGAAUACAUGGAACAUGUCAAGAAAGUCUUAUCUUGCUUGCUGAAGCAUAAUCUAUUCUGCAACCCUGCCAAAUGCUACUUCUUUGUCACAGAAGUCACCUACAUUGGUCUUGUGAUUACUCCUGAGGGCAUCUCCAUGGAAAAGGACAAGGUGCAAGCAAUCAUGGAUUGGCCUGAACCCCAAAAUGUGAAACACGUGCAAUCAUUCCUAGGCUUUGCAAACUUCUACCGUUGCUUUGUUCCCAACUUCUCUUGCUUAGCACGCCCUCUGAAUAACCUUACUCAGAAGAAGCAACUAUGGAUCUGGCUAGAAGAACAGAAGGCUGCAUUUGACGCAAUCAAGGCUGAGAUUUGCAAGGAGCCUGUUCUAGCUCACCCUGAUGAAUCUAAGCCUUACACCUUGGAAAUAGACGCUUCUGGAGCAGCCAUGGGCGCUGUACUAUCUCAGAGAAAGAAAGAUGGUUGUCUACAUCCUGUUGCAUUCAUGUCAGCCAGCUUUUCACCUGCUGAGCUGAACUAUGACACACAUGAUAAGGAGCUACUUGCCAUCAUUUGGGCAUUCAAGCACUGGAAAAUCUUCCUGGAAGGAACUGAGUAG